AUGCGCUUAUUCCAGCUGGACCCUUGCUGGACGGAGCGGACGGACGGAUGCCCUUUGGGUGUGUUGGCGGUGGCUCACCUGGCAUGUUUGGCUUACCAGUUCCCCCGAGACAGUCCCAGAUGCCCCCGCUCUUGCCCUUCCCUGGCUGGCAGGACUCGCGUCUGGGGUUUUUCUUAUCCUCCAAAUGUCCCAGGAGGGCAUCUGCCCUCCGCUCUCUGGGCUCAAGGCUGCCCCGAGGGAGGCCUCUGCGGGGCCCAGGGGCCCUCCUUGCCAGGCCUGGCUCUGCCAAGCGCCCAGCCAAGAGGAACAGCAGCAGCAGCAGCAGCAGCAGGAAGAGCCCGAAGAAGGACGGCUGCGGAUCUGCCAGGCUCUGGAGCCCCUCCUCUCUCCGGCUCCCAGCUGGCCUGCCUGCCUUGCCUGGCUGGCUGCCUCUCAGCUGGGCGGAGGAGGAAGGCGAGGGGCCGGCCUCCGAGUGCAAAAGCCCCGGAACCGGAGAAGGAGGAGCAGGGCCAAGGCCAGCAGCAGCAGCAGCACAGCCCCCAGCAAGACGACGACGCCGCCGCCAUGUCGACCACCGGAGCCUCCGGAGCAGCCUCCUCUUCCUCUGGCCCCAGCCACCGACUCCAGCAGACGCAGAGCCAAGUGGACGAGGUGGUGGACAUCAUGAGAGUCAACGUGGACAAGGUCCUGGAGCGCGACCAGAAGCUCUCGGAGCUGGACGACCGGGCGGACGCCUUGCAAGCGGGAGCAGCCCAGUUCGAGACCAACGCCGCCAAGCUGAAGCGCAAGUUCUGGUGGAAGAACUGCAAGAUGUGGGCCAUAUUAAUAGCUGUGGUGGUUGUCCUCUUAAUCAUCAUCAUUGUUUGGAGUACGUCCUCAUGAGCAACUGGGGAAAACUCUGGACUUGAAGCUAUCGGCGAGAAACUCCAGGCUCCGACAUCAUAACUUGCUGCGUUGUCAAGCUUUCCUACGGUGCGCAAAUCAAGCAUUGUUUUGGAUUGACACAUUAACCCUUUUGUAGUUCAUCAGCAGUGUGCCUUUAUUUAAGUGGCAUGCUUCAACUUGUAAAUGUUAUUUUGGGUGGGCUGGGGAUGCUGGGAGCUGUGUGAGCUAGAGAGGAAAGCGUAAGACAGUCUCUUCUGGGACAAAAGGGCAAUUCCCGGGAUGUACUGCUUUUUAAUGUCCCGUGAGUAUCCUUUGCCUUUGCCGCUUGGAAAAGAGACAGGUGCCAGUUUUCAUUAGUGCCUUCGUGGAAGAGGUCACCCUCUCACUCACCAUUGUGCCAUUUGGAGUCACCUUUGUGGCCUUAAUAGUACCUUCCUAUUUGUCUGGCUACCGUCAGCAAGCCCUGCCUAUCUCACACAGCUUUUACAUUACGACGGGAUGGUGCUGCACAUGCUUAGCACUUAACAACUGCCAAAGAUACCUUACAGUUUUUCAGACAAAAGAAAAAACACUCGCACAAUACCGUUCCUAUUUUUCUUAUGGUAAACUGCCACAACUUGGUGCCUUACUGCUUCGACCUGAACAAACGCCACAAAGUAUUCCUAAUCUUUUUAUAACCCUGGAUGCACUUAAUGAAAGCUUCUGGAGGAGCUGCCCUCCUGGAAAAGCCAAAGCGGCAAGAAAUACUUCACUCCCAGCAAGAUGAUGGGGAGGCUGUCUGCAAAAGCAGUGUUUGAAAAGUAAACCAACUUGCUUAGUUUGCUGUCUUGGGAACGUUCAUCUGCCAUCUCUUGCCCCUUGUUCCCAGUCUGUUUUCGGGGUGCCUCCAGACAUGAGCGAAAGGCUGCUUUACCAUUAAAAUCAAACAGGCCCAGGGCUGUGUUUUGGGGGUUUGGGUUGGCCAUUUCCUCCCUCUGUUUGUAAAAACAUGUUUAUAAUAAUGUCAGAUUUGUCAGCUUGCUAGUUUGGAGGGGCUGGGAGCUUUACCAGGCUGAUGAUUGAAGACACAUGAAAUGUUGCUUUUCCUUCAUAACAAGUGCUAUUGUCAUGUCAAUCAUACUGCAAUUAAUAUUAACACUAAUUGUCUAAAUUUUGAGCUUAACAAAACAGGAGGGGUUUUUUGGGUUUUGUAACACAUACCACGAUUUUUAACUAACACUCUUCUUAUCCGACGGCUUCUCAGUGAAUAAAUCCGCAGCAGGAAGAGAAGCGUCCUGGAAUUAAUUGCCUGCAGCAGGAAAAGGUGCCUUCCUUGUAACAGUUGAAUAAAAGUGGAUUUGUAGUCUC